AUGUCUACAGCAAGUGAUGACGUUCGCGAGAUUACAGCCCUGCCACAGUCUGAACCUGAACAAGGUCAGAAAAAACAACCGGAUAAAGAUGUUGCAGCUUCUAUUACAGCCGAUGGUGUCCCUACUGAUCUACGACUUCUGCGAAUCUAUAAAAGCCUAACUGGAAGCCAACGACAACGAUACGCUCUUUGCAGCAACAGAGAGAGGCUCGCGGUUUUGGAACUUCUUAGCGAAGAGAGAAAAAGACCG